GAUCGACCUAGUUCCUCCAACUCUCUCUCACUCCGACUCUCCUCUCUCUCUAACCCUCAAAAAUCCUCUGUACUGAGCAACACCAAACCUCUAAUUCCCUACCCUCUCUCUCUCUCUCUCUCUCUCCCAAACCAGAAAAGUUAUAUAUAUAUAUAUAUAUAAACCCUUCAUUCUUCUCUCUCUAUAUUCUUCGCUGAGUGGCAAUGCUUCUGUACAGCUCGCCUACCAAGAUCCAAUGUCAUUGCUUAUCGAAGGUGUCUCUGCUCUACCGAUCUCCGGUCAGGCAUUUCUCUCUCUCUUUCUACUAGUCUAAUUUCACUAAUUCCUAUAGACAUAGCUAGACACUCUUUGUAUAUGUGUGUAAAUUGCAAGCAGACCUGAAAAAAAAAAAAAAUUUAAGUCAUGGACUUUGAACCCUUAAACAUUGAAAAUGAGGUUGUGGAAUUCGAUAUGGGUUCUGGUGAAGAAGACACUGGUGUCGACUUAGAACAAGCAGAUGACUAUGAUGAUGAUUACAAUGGUGAUAUGGUCGAAAAUUCUUUUGUGGGUCGGGAUUUCUUCUCUACUAAUGGAGACCCAAAUCUUGAACCCUGCGACGCAAUGGAAUUUGAUUCUGAACAGGCUGCUCGAAUUUUCUACAAUUCGUAUGCCCGGCGUAUAGGUUUUAGUACACGAGUUAGUGUGUACCAGCGCUCACGUCGUGAUGGCUCGAUCAUUUGCCGGCAGAUUGUGUGCUCUCGAGAGGGGUUUCGCCGUGAGGGGGGUGAAAAUAAGUCCAAGCGGCAGCGUACCAUCACUAGAGUUGGUUGUAAGGCACAACUGACUGUGAAGAAACAAAGUUCUGGAAAAUGGGUUGUGACCAAACUUGUUAAAGAGCAUAAUCAUGAGCUUGUGCCACCCGAUAAGGUGCACUGCCUCCGUUCACACAGGCACGUAUCGGGUCCUGCUCGAAGCUUGAUUGAUACCCUUCAAGCAGCUGGGAUGGGACCGAGUGGGGUUAUGUCUGUGUUAAUUAAGGAAUCGGGUGGAAUUAAUAAUGUUGGUUUCACGAAAGUUGAUUGCCAGAAUUACAUGAGCAGCAGCAGGCAGAGGACCCUAGGGAGCGGGGGUCAGCAUGUUUUUGACUAUUUGAAGCAAAUGCAGGCUGAGGAUCCCGGUUUCUUUUGUGUUGUUCAAGGUGAAAUUGAGAACACAUCAGGAAAUAUUUUUUGGGCUGAUGCAAACUCUAGAAUGAAUUAUAACUACUUUGGAGACACGGUUACAUUUGAUACAACGUAUAGAACUAACCGCUAUAGGGUCCCUUUUGCCCCGUUUACGGGAUUAAACCAUCAUGGACAGCCUGUAUUGUUUGGCUGUGCUUUACUUCUGAAUGAGUCAGAAUCCUCUUUUGCUUGGCUGUUCGAAACUUGGCUUACUGCAAUGUCUGGUCGCCAUCCCAUCUCUAUCACGACAGACCAGGAUAGGAUCAUAAGGUCAGCUGUUGCGCAGGUGUUUCCAAAGACCCGGCAUCGUUUCUGUAAAUGGAACAUAUUUAGAGAAGCCCAGGAGAAAUUGUCCCAUGUAUAUCACUCGUACCCAGCUUUUGAAGCAGAGUUUCAGAGGUGCAUCAAUGUAACAGAGACAAUCGAGGAGUUCGAGUCAUGUUGGGAGUCCAUGCUUGAAAGAUACAAUCUCGGAGGUAGUGAAUGGCUUCAGUUGAUGUACAAUGCUCGACAGCAAUGGGUGCCAGUUUAUCUCCGCGAUACAUUCUUUGGGGAGAUGUCUAUAACCCAAUCUAGUGAUAGUAUCAACUCAUUUUUUGAUGGAUAUAUAAAUGCAUCAACUAAUAUCCAUGUGCUAGUUAAGCAAUAUGAGAAAGCCAUUGCCACUCGGUAUGAGAAGGAAGUAAAGGCAGAUUAUGAUACAUUAAACACUGCACCAAUUUUAAAAACGCCAUCUCCCAUGGAAAAACAAGCUGCCAGCCUUUACACAAGGAUGAUAUUCAAGAAGUUCCAAGAUGAAUUAGUUGAGACUCUUGCAAAUCCUGCAACAAUGAUCGAUGACACGGGAUCGGAAAUUAUGUAUAGGGUGUCAAAAUUUGGAGAAGACCAUAAGGCGCACUUCAUUCGGUUCAACGCCUUUGAAAAGAAAGCUAGUUGUAGCUGCCAAAUGUUUGAGUUUUCAGGUGUCCUUUGUAGACACAUAUUAGCAGUUUUCAGAGUUACAAAUGUUCUUACACUUCCAUCUCAAUAUAUAUUGAAACGGUGGACCAAAAAUCCUAAAAGUGGUGUUCUAAUGGACGAACACACUCUUGGAUUGCCUAGUAAUUGUCAAGAGUCCUCCGCUGCUCGCUAUGAUAAUUUGCGCCAAGAAGCCAUUAAAUAUGUAGAAGAAGGGGCGGAGUCAAUAUAUGUAUACAACGUUGCAAUGGAAGCUCUUCGUGAGGCUGCAAAGAAGGUUGCUACUGCAAAGCAGCAUGGUCCAGGGGUUAAACAGAGCACUCUAGUUAAUGGAAGUGAUCAGGAAGCGAACCCAAGUAAAAAUCAAAUCAAGCAGCUUCAGUCUUGUUCAGUGACUCAAGACAAAACAGUUCAUGAAUUGACUGCUGAGUUGGAAAGUGCAAGUCAGCGAUGUGAAGCAUAUCGAGCAAACCUGCUAGCUAUCUUGAGGGACAUGGAAGAACAGAAGCUAAAGAUAUCGGUCAAAGUUCAGAAUGUGAAGCUCAAUCUAAAGAGUUGAAUUGGAGGGUUGAUGGUUAUGUCAUCUUCAUCCUUUGUGUAUACUAGCAACACUGUAAGACCCAGGCUUUGGACCAGUUUAGACUCCAAUGCACCUCCCUUCACCCUCCAUUGUUAUAUAGUUUCCUUUUUUUUUAGAUGCUGACAGAGGAUAGAGUGUACUUGUCUAGUCUAGAAUUAGAUUAGUUAGAUAUACUACUGUAGAUUAGUUAAAGCAGGCUGAGAAGUUGAGUAGCUAUCUGGGAAGGACUCCGCCGUUCUUCAUUUAUUCAUUUGUUGUUCUCUGGUGCCUUCUUCACCAUUGUUUGUAUCUUUUCUAUAUAUUGGGACAAAUUAUAGUGAAAGAGCCUACGUUGUGUUGUA